CGGGUGAGCUGAGAUUUGAAGGCUGAAGGUUGCGGUUCCGUCUCUCCGGUGUCUCCGGCUCGGGAGGAGGCUCUGCUGCUGCUGCGGACCGGGCGUCAGGUGGCCUGCCAUGGAGGGGCAGCGGGUGGAGGUGGACGGCGGCAUCAUGGAAGGGGGCGGCCAGAUCCUCAGGGUGUCCACGGCCCUGAGCUGUCUCCUGGGCCUCCCUUUGCGCGUGCAGAAGAUCCGGGCGGGACGUAGCACGCCGGGCCUGAGUUCUCCAAGCUGUCAGUCCAACAUCAAGGUGCUGACAAAGCCUCAACAUUUAUCUGGAUUGGAAAUGAUUCGAGAUUUGUGUGAUGGACAACUGGAGGGGGCAGAAAUCGGCUCAACAGAAAUAAGCUUUACACCCGAAAAGAUCAAAGGUGGCAUCCAUACUGCAGAUACCAAGACAGCAGGGAGUGUGUGCCUCUUGAUGCAGGUCUCAAUGCCCUGUGUUCUCUUUGCUGCUUCUCCAUCUGAACUUCGUCUGAAAGGGGGAACUAAUGCUGAAAUGGCACCACAGAUAGAUUACACGAUGAUGGUUUUCAAGCCAAUUGCUGAAAAAUUUGGUUUCACAUUUAAUUGUGCCAUUAAAAUGAGGGGCUAUUACCCAAAAGGGGGUGGUGAAGUCAUUGUUCGCAUGUCACCUGUUAAACAGUUGAAUCCCAUAAAUUUAACUGACCGUGGCUCUGUGACCAAGAUAUAUGGAAGAGCUUUUGUUGCUGGUGUUUUACCAUUUAAAGUAGCAAAAGACAUGGCUGCGGCGGCAGUGAGAUGCAUCAGAAAGGAGAUCAGGGAUCUGUAUGUUAACAUCCAGCCAGUUCAGGAACCUAAAGACCAAGCUUUUGGCAAUGGAAGUGGAAUAAUCAUUGUUGCUGAGACAUCCACUGGCUGUUUGUUUGCUGGAUCGUCACUUGGUAAACGAGGUGUAAAUGCAGAUAAGGUUGGAAUUGAUGCUGCUGAAAUGCUAUUAGCAAAUCUUCGACAUGGUGGUACUGUGGAUGAGUAUCUGCAAGACCAGCUGAUUGUUUUCAUGGCAUUAGCCAGUGGCGUUUCUAGAAUAAAAACAGGACCAGUUACACUCCAUACACAAACAGCUAUACAUUUUGCUGAACAACUAGCAAAGGCUAAAUUCACUGUGAAGAAAUCAGAAGAUGAAGAUGAUGCCUCUAAAGACACUUACAUUAUUGAAUGCCAAGGAAUUGGUUUGAAGAAUCCACAUCUAUAGGUUAUUUGUUUCAUAAAUGACACUUCAAUGAUGUCUUACACUAAAUCAUUUAAAAAAAAUCAGUACUACAAAAUAAUGAAUGAGAUAUAAAUUAUUAAAGGGCAAGUUAGAAGAUGAAUGUAUUGUGUUUUAAUUUGCUGAAAAUACUCAAAAAAUUGAUCUUAUUUUGAGUAAAAGAGUUCGUGGAAUUUGUAUAAUAGCUGAUUUCAUUGUUCAAGUAUUGAAGUAAAAUGUUAUUUAUAUCUGAAGUAAAAUUUUUUAUGUAAUGAAGUCAGGAUCUGUAAUUUGUAUAUAGUAGUCAUCCUAUUACUAAUUUUUUCUCUGCUGUGAUUUUAAUGGAAACCAUCAUAUAAACACAUGAAAUGGAAAAUUCAAGACAUAAGUAAUUCCUUAGUUUACACUGCAAGCCAUUUUAAGUCUUGCAAUGAAGUCUGCUGCAGGGUGUGAGUCAUCCCUUCGUACUCUGUGUAUACACCAACACUCACUCAUGAGUCAGUAGCUGACUUAGGUUAUCAGAUGCACCGUUGUCGUGCUGCAGUACCUGUAUUCAAGUAACUUGUUUUACUUAAUAAUAGUCCCAAAGCACCAGAGUAAUAGAUGAGCUAAAGAGAAGCUGCAACAUGAAAUGUACCAUUUCACAUCAUUGCAAGAAGAAGGGUGAGUAUUACAAAAUGAAAAAAUUUUGAGAGAGACCAUAUGGAGAUUAAGUUUAGAGUAUGCUGUACAUUCAGAGAAAUGUGUUGUGAGAGGAUGUGGUCAUUGUGCAAACAGCAGAGCAUACUUACACAAAGUAGAUGGGGUAUGCCAAACUCUGGCCUUUUGAUACAGUCAAAAUGAUGUUUGGGGCCGCUGCCAGAAACCAUACACACAUACACCAGAAACAUAGUCAAUUGUUUUCAUUGAAGAUUUAUUCAUUAUACAUAACAGUAUAAGCUAUGUACUAGUGGAACGAAUGUGUAUAUACCAACUCACCACAAAUAUGAGAGUAAUAUUUCUAGGAAUUUGGGAAUAUUUCACCUCUACUGUAAUCUUAUGAGACCACUCUGGUGUAUGUGAGUUGUUGUUGACUGAAAUGUCCUAAUUUAGCAGGUGGCUAUUGAUAGAAUAUUCUAUUUUUUGUUAGUACUUGUUACUAACUAGCACCUGUAC